GAGCGCGCGCGAGACCACCAUUAAAUGCCCAUUUCUCAACUCCUUUUUUGUCUGCUUCUCGUCUUCUUCCUUAGCUGCCUCCAUCGCUCGACCCCGCGAGGACUGGCGUCCUCAUAAACCAAAGCUCGCAGAAUACCGUGAAUUCUGAAUACCUGGAUACCUCUCUCUCUCUCUCUCUCCCUCUGUCUCUCUGUCUCUGUCUCCCUCUCUGUCGUUCUCUCUCGCUCAUCGAUUUCAGCUGAAAGGCUCACGGAGCUAUUAUAUAUAUAUCUCUCUCUCUCUCUCUGCUUUCUUCCGUGAGCACUGGCUUUGAUUCACCCAAGUUGGGGUUUAGUAAAGCGAGCCAAUCGAUUCUUCUACUGAAGCAAAAGCCAGUUGUUUUUUUUUUCCAAGUCUUUUUUCUCUGUUUCGGGGUCUCAGAUCUGCUUUGUUCCGGCGGCUGAAAAGGCCCAAUUCUUGGACGAUCUUCUAGGGUUUCGAGGGCUCUCGCCAAAGGGGGUUAAUUCGAGAAAUCAAAGAUUGGUUAAUUAGUUCCUCACCUUCUGCUUGGUUGUAGCUCCGGUACCAUAUGGGGAUUUGCUUAAGUGCUCGAAUCAAAGCUGAGAGCCCCUCUCAUACAGGGGAGAGUUCAAAAAAUGUUAGCACAGAUGGGAAGGAUCUUAGUGGUUCUAGCAGCAAACGUUCGUCAGUUUCUGUGCCUCCAACUCCUCGAAGUGAGAUGGAAAUAUUGCAGUCUUCUAAUUUGAAGAACUUUAGCUUCGCUGAUCUUAAAACGGCCACGAGGAACUUCCGGCCCGAUAGCGUGUUAGGGGAAGGAGGUUUUGGUUCAGUUUUCAAGGGUUGGAUUGAUGAGAGCACUUUUGCUGCUACAAAGCCAGGGAUUGGGAUGGUCAUUGCUGUGAAAAGGCUUAAUCAAGAUGGAUUCCAAGGGCACAGGGAGUGGCUGGCAGAAGUGAAUUAUCUGGGUCAGCUUUAUCAUCCUCAUCUUGUGAAACUCAUUGGAUAUUGCUUGGAGGAUGAACACAGGCUUCUGGUGUAUGAAUUCAUGCCCAGGGGCAGCUUGGAGAAUCAUUUGUUCAGGAGAGGCUCUUACUUCCAACCUCUUUCGUGGAGGCUUAGGUUGAAGGUUGCUCUUGGUGCUGCAAAGGGACUCGCUUACUUACACAGUGCUGAAACAAAAGUGAUAUAUCGGGACUUCAAAACUUCUAAUAUAUUACUGGAUAAGAACUACAAUGCAAAGCUUUCUGAUUUUGGGCUGGCCAAGGAUGGGCCAACAGGUGAUAAAAGCCAUGUCUCCACUAGGGUCAUGGGAACUUAUGGAUAUGCAGCUCCAGAGUAUCUGGCCACCGGUCAUUUAACUUCUAGGAGUGAUGUAUAUAGUUUUGGUGUUGUUCUCCUAGAAAUGUUAUCUGGCCGGAGAGCAGUGGAUAAGACUAGGCCAUCUGGAGAACACAACUUGGUGGAAUGGGCCAAACCUUACCUGGCCAGCAAACGGAAGAUCUUUCGUGUCCUAGACAAUCGUCUCGAAGGCCAGUACUCAUUAGAGGUUGCUUUUAGGGCAGCCAAUCUUGCAAUGCGAUGCCUGUCCAUGGAACCCAGGCUCAGGCCAAACAUGGAUGAGGUAGUGAAGGGAUUGGAACAGCUCCAAGACCCUAAGGAAACUGGAAAUACUCACGGUGUUCUCAGUAGCGAGCCAAGGCCUCGGAGGAGAAGCGCAAAUGAUGCUGGGAAUAUAAACAGCACAGCUGCUUAUCCCAGGCCCUCUAGUUCCCCACUCUAUAGGAAGUGAAUCAAGCAACUUUUAAAGGUGGUGUUGCAGCCUUGCAGGUUCUUCGGCAGUGAUCUGGGGGCUCAGAUGGGACUGUACAGUGGUUUUGGCUGAUAUUCCAAAUCAAAGGAAAAGCGUGGACUGAAAUCUAUUAUAGGGUGAGCUGUAAAACUCAAAAAGGAAUUGUAUUGAAGAAUGGCUUCUUUCAGACAGUCUACCAAAGUGUUUUGGGGAAACCAGUAGGAGGCAUAAGCACUUAUGCGUACAUGAAAUUUUAGCUCUCGUAGAAUCCCCCUUCCCAAAUUCAAACUCACCAAGCGAGUAAACUUGUCUGGUUUUGUUUACUUGGUUUGUAAUAUGUAACUUAUGCUCCUGUUUUCAUAAGGAAAAGAAAUUGUUCUUUAUUCA